UUUAUUUCAGGCAAUCACUCAAAAUGGAAGUAUCUGUGAAAACUCAAGAUGAAAAUGAAGCACGUGUCGCAGAAGAAUAUCUCUCCAGCUUAUCCGAUCUUACUUGCAACAGUAAACCAUUAAUAAAUAUGUUAACUAUGUUAGCAGAGGAAAACAUCGCUUGUGCACCAAUUAUAGUCAAAGUGGUUGAGCAACACAUCGCUAAGGUACCGCCAGAUAUAAAGUUGCCUUUGCUAUAUUUAAUAGAUUCUAUCGUGAAAAAUGUUAAAAGCACAUAUAUUCAUCUCUUCAGUCAAUGUAUAGUGAACAUAUUUUGCGAUGUCUUCGAAAAGGUUAACGAGAAAGUUCGUGAGCGAAUGUAUGCAUUACGGCUUACUUGGAAUGAAGUGUUCCCAUCACAAAAACUCUAUGCGUUGGACGUAAAGGUGAAGCGCAUAGACAAUAAUUGGCCAAUUACAGCAAAGCAAGCGCAACCGUCCAUCCAUGUGAAUCCGAAUUUUCUGAAAUCUGGCAACGUACAAGCCAGUGAUGUUGAGGAAAUCCUACAAGCUAAAACUCGCGAAUUGCUGGAAUUGAAAAAGCGUAAACUCGAGCUGGAAUUAGAGGCGACGAAAAAGAGUUUAGAAGAACAAGAUAAGCAUCUGACAAAGGUGACAAAUGGUCUGAUCAUGCCUCCAGAAGCAGCGAACACAGUGGUCGGCUUACGUAUGCCUGGUGUGCCACCGCAGAUAAUGCCACCUGGCGUAAUGCCGCCCGGUAUAAUGCCACCACAUCACAUGCAUCCACGCGCUCCGCAUUCAAUGAUGGUUGGUGGACCUACAAUGCCACCAGGUCCGCUGUUUCAUCCCAACUUUCAACAUCCGAGAUCGCAACAGCCACAACAGCAUAUGCCAGUCGGUAUGAUGUCGAUGCCGCCACAGAAUUUCCCGCCUGUAAGCAGUAGUAACAAACCGAAGGUACACCCUGUAAAUCCCGCACUAUUGAACACUAUUAGGCAUCGAGAUCCACGCUUGGCCCGCCAGCAACAACAACAACAAGAAACAAUAACAUCGAUGCGUGGCGCAUCAAAGUCUUCUUCUCGCGCUGCAGACGAUUCGCACAGGUCCGAUAGCAAGUCGUCAUCGUCGUCCUCAUCGACGGCGUACCGCAAUGGUGGCGGCAGCAGCAGCAGCAAAAGCAAUCGUAAUGACGGUUCCAGCAGUGCUGGUGGUGGCUCGGGCUCGGAAAGCAGACAUUCCUCCUCUUCUGCCAGCGAGCGACAUCGCAAAGGCAGCUCAUCACGUGAUAAAGACAAAGAUAAAGAUCGUAAACGUAGCGAAUCGAAGAGUUCAACAUCAUCAGGCGGCUCGAGCUCCUCUGAACGACAAAAAAUCAUUUCAUCUAUGUCUGCAAAUGUGUCCAGCAGCCGCAGCAGUAAAAAGUCAACAACCAGCAAAUGUGAUAAAGACGCUUUUGAGAUUGCACCACUGUCAACAACAUUCAAGCGUAAAUCCUCAACUACGUCCUUGCCCGGCAGUGAUACAUCGUCGCCGCGAAAAAAGGAGCUGAAACGCAAAACACAUAGUACACAUUCGUCACCAACCAAGCAUCGCUCCCGCAGUCGUUCGCCAAACGAACAAAUUGCUGGUAAGAGCGCUGCCAGCGGUGUCAACAGUACUAGCAGUUUGUCGGAUCGGGAUGAAAGGCGAGCGUUGCCAAUAUUUCCACCUAAAAUUCAGUUGAAGGGCCACGCAACCGAUUCGGAGCACGACGUGGACGUGGAGAAGAGUAGCAGUAAAAACGCCGCUACCAAUGUAGAAAACAAAAAUAUUAAAAUAGUGGCCGACGGAUGUUUGGCAAUCGCUGCGAAAACGGACAUUGACUUAAGGCAUUUCCCUCCAAUCGCCACUGCAUAUGUGCCAAAAUUAGAUCCAAACGUAGUAGCUUCUGAAGCGAAGCUGAAUGAUAAGAACACUACAGUAGCCAUAACUACAACAACAACAUCACCCAAAGUGUCGUUUAAAAUUCAGAAAUUGUAUAAUAAAUUAGACAAAUCUACAGCGCAACAACCAGCGACAACUGUUGCUCGCGAUAAUGACGACGAAUUGUCAACUACAACAACAGCAUCAACGGGUACAAUUGAGGCAGCAACGGCGGCAACGAAAGGUGCAUCAACAUUGAGAAAACCCGAAACUACUGGUGUUGAUGACGAAGAUGGCGCUGGCGCUGGCGGCGGUGGCGGUGCCGUUGUCGGAGUAGAUGAUACUGGUGUUAGUAGUAGUGCCAGUGUAAAACGUCACAUGAGUAUUGAUACGUCGGAGCAGCAGCUGAUUAAGCCAAAAGCACCACCGUUGUCGCCAGUCGCUUUCGAGCCUAUGGAUGUAGAUACCACUGGCAGCGAGGACAAAAAGCGUCUAUCUACAAGUAAUGUGGAUUUGGAGGAACCGCUUGCCAAGAAGAGUAAAUCAGCGAAAUUUGAUGCAUUAUUCGGUGAUGAAGAUGUGGAUUUGCGCACUGGCAUACCGCCACAGAUAUUGGCUGCACAGCUCCAGCAGAAACCACCGCGUAGUGCGAGCAAAUCACCGACACCACCGCCGCCGCCGUUUAUCACUGAUGAGCAACACGCGGAGAGUUGGAAUAAUUUGAAGACUGCAAAAACAACAAAAACAUCAUCACCGUUAAAGAAGACUUCAAAUCUGGAUGACGUACGCGCCAAACUGGCGAAAGCAACAAAAUAUAGCAAAUUAAAUAAAUCCGAAAAAUCGGCCAAAGACCCCUCUCAACGUCUUAAACUUUCGGAGACAGAAUUGAACGAUGACUCACAGGAUGCGAAUGAUGAAAAAAUACGCACGAUCGUUGCACAGGCACAAGAACUACUCGAAACUAAGUCCAUUAAUCAAGAUCAAUACAAGAAUCUCAUGCAGAAGGUGAUGUCCAUCAAUGAAACGAGCAAAUUAAAGGAAGCUAAGAAGCGUGAAUCACUUGGUGGCAAUGCAGCACACUCGAAGCAAAUUGACGACGAUGAGUCCGUCGAAGCGCAGCGUGCAGCUGCGGCGCGUGAAGCCGUGCUGAAGAAACGCAUUCCAAAGUUGAUUAGAAAUUCCAAAAGUGACAACACCGCCGCUUCUGCACCGGAUUUGGGCACAAGUGCCACUUCAACUAGAUCACCCCUUUACGAUGAUCGUAGCAAUGACAACAGCGACAUAAGUGCGCCGGCACGUUCGAAGCCGCAAAGAGAGAAACGGUUAAAACCUUCUAAGUGGGGCGACAAAGUGGAUGGCGCUGCUAACGCUGGUGGGCCAGGUAAUCCCAAUCACUCCAAGCCAUGGACGAAGGGCGGCAUGAUGAGGCCACAUCCUGUUGGUGGUUUCCGUGGUGCGCCGCCGCCCCCCACUAUGCCCAGUAUGCAUCCGCAAAUGCCUUGGCAAAUGCAACUGCCACCCGGUAUUGCACCAGUUCCACCGUUUGUUAAUCCAGGCCCAAUGAUACGCAGCAGCGUGCCGCCACCGCCACUGGCGCCAGUGCUGCCGAUUAUUCCACUGCCGCCCAACAUACCGAAGCCCUGUAACUCUAUCGACAAUCCACAAGCCGAUUUGGUGCGCACCAUCACUAUUGAUGGUCUGUUAAAGGAAAUACGCAUCUAUGAUCAGGUCGCGAUUGUAUUCAUGGAAUUGGACCAGCCGCGUGAAAUCGGAUUUCAGGCCGGUCAGCGUUCGAUUAUCAUUGAUGAUGAACCGCCAAUAGCGCUACAAUUCAAUGAUGACUACAAAACUUUCAGCAUUAAUGGCCAGCCGCAUCGGUUGCGUUUCGGAUUUCCAUCACGUGAGUUGUACAUUGACGAGCACUGGUACGAAAUUUACUUUGGUGGACCGCCGGUAUCGAUACCCAUACAAAAUAGAAUACAUAUACUAAAAGCUGAGGGUCCGCCCCCACAAGUGAACAUUGGUGCUUUGCGGCGCGACUUGGUUGUAGGCAAAAUCAAUAUGAUUGUGGAUGCGCACAUCGUUAUACCGUUGUUCCUAGAUGCGAAGCCGCAAUGCUUUAAAUUGGGUAACCAAGACCACACUGUACAAUUUGCGGACAAUUUAUUGACUGUGUUACUUGAUGGCGAACCUGCUAAAGUGGAGUAUGGUGGAUUGCCCAAAAGUUACGUUCUUGGCGGUGUGAGUUACUUCAUCCGAUUCGGCGCGCUACCGCAAGGCUUGAAAGCUGGCCAAAUUGUCAUUAAAGAUAUGAUUUAUGUGAAAACAGAGCCACCCAAACCAGAGCCUAUUGAACAAAUUACCGCGGCGCCGAAACAAGAGGUUAUUGAACCAACUGCUGAAAGUGUAAAAACGGAGCUGGAUGUUAAGACUGAAUCUGCAAAGAUUGAACAAGAUAUUGAUACAGAAGAGGUUAAGCCGGAGGCCGAGGUUGAGGCUCCCGAGAAUGAAAAGCCAGCGGUUGAAGUGAUUGAACCGCAAGUGGUUGGAACAGCGGGCAGCGGCAACUCGGCUAUACCAAUAUUCUCUGCAACGGCAUUAAAUCAGAUCAAUAUAGAUGAGCUUUUCCAAAAAUUAGUAUCUUCUGGCAUAUUGGGCGGUGCCGGUAGCGUCGUAGCGCCUAGUAACAAGGAUGCUGGUGUUUUGCCAUCAGCUGCCGCGCUUGAAGAGGAAGCGCCACAGCCGGUCGCCAUUAGGCCAAUCGACCUAUCCAAGUCGGAAACAGUCAAGACGCGACAAACGGCAAUUGUGGACACACUAUUUUCGGGCAUGCAGUGCAGCAGCUGUGGCGUUCGUUUUCCCCCCGAGCAGACCAUCAAGUACAGUCAGCAUUUAGAUUGGCAUUUCCGUCAAAAUCGACGCGAACGAGAUCUAUCGCGGAAAGCGCAUUCGCGUAAAUGGUAUUAUGAUCUCGCAGAUUGGGUGCAAUAUGAAGAGAUCGAAGAUUUGGAAGAACGUGAGAAGAAUUUCUUCGAAUCGCAGCAAAAUGACAUUGAAGCUUGCGAUGAGACAUCAAAUCAAAAGUGGCUAAAUUCGCCAGUACCAUUGAGUUGUCCGGCCUUGCCGGAAGAUGUCGAUCGUGCAUGUGAUAUGUGCCAAGAGAAAUUCGAGCAAUUCUACCACGAGGAAACUGAGGAGUGGCACUUGCGGAAUGCCACAAGGGUUGAGGAUAAAAUCUAUCAUCCGUUAUGCUACGAAGACUAUAAGGCUGCUCUCAAUGCCAAGGCUGAAGAAAAAGAUGAGAAGACGAAUGACAAAGAAGCAGAUGAAACAAACACAGAUGACGACGUAAUUAUUAAAAUAGAAGGUGACGACCAGAGCGAUGUUGAAGAUAAAGAUGCGAAUUCCACCUCCAUCGCAGUGGUGGAAGAUGAUGACGAUGAUGUUAUCGUGCUGCCGAAUGAAGAACCCUCGGUGACGGAAAUCGACGAUGAUGAUGAGUACGUACCGGAGAGUGUACCACCACAAAACGCAGUUAAUGAGCCCAUUGACAUUGAUGACGAGGACAAUGCAGAAGCAGCUGAUGCAGGGGCUGACGCUGAAGCCGCUGGAUCGGAUGUGGAAAUACAGGAGCCGAAUAUUCCAUUCACAGACUUGGAUACGUACGUGGAAAAAGAGCAGCCAGAUGCUGAUGAAACCUCACAAUUGUCAUUUAUGAAUGUAAAAAUAAAGGAAGAGCCUAAGGAUGAUGAUGAUGAAGAUGAAGAUGACGGUUUUGAGGAUGUAGGCACUGUGUUGAUACCGCCUGAUGAGGAAAUUUCUAUACAGAGCAGUGAAGAAACACAAACCCAAACGAUUACCUCAUCCACGUCGGGCAUGUCGCCCACUACCGAACGGCCACCUUCCUCACAAUCGCUUGUGCAAAGUGAUGCCACGGAAUUCGCCGAGGGUUCAGCAACAAAUGUAGCUGCAGCGCCAACUGAUUUGAAUGCCUCCAUUGACGGCAAUAACGGCACCGAAGACGAGCAUAAUUUGUCCACUGUUGGUCCAUCACCUGCGAUACCAUUGGCUAGCUUAGUUAAUAAAAUUAAAAUAAAUAUUGCUAAGAGUAGUAUAUCAGCAAAUAGUAGUAGUACUAGUAAUAACAAUAAUAAUAGUAAUAGUGGUAGCGCCUCAACUGCAAUAGCCUCCAGCCAUUCAAUGGGUGGUAGUCCAAGCAAAGCAUCAACCAUUUCUGAUGCGCAUACAGGCGACAAUAGUGACGGCUCUAUCGGGGGCGAAAAUACAGCGUCGUAUAGCAAUGUAUCGGCCAUAAGUGUUGUAUCCACGAUACCGGUUUUAUGUGGCGGCGGCACUAUGGGCGCGCGGACCACCACCGUUAUUCCGGUGUCAAGCAGCAGCAAUACGAAAAAUAUAGCUGCCAAUGAGGAGUCCAAUGUAAGUACGAUAUCUGUAAUUGGUAGCUAUAGUAGUACAUCGUCAGCGCCGCGCUAUUUCCCCCCGACCACAUCAAGUACAAUUGUACAGAAUAUUGUGAAGCGACAACAACCCACUACAACGCCGCCACCGCCGGCGCAAGAAGAACCAUUGCCGCAUGAAUUGAAAGAGUCAUUGAAAAAUGUCAAGCUGACAAAAACGAAAAAAGUACAGUGCGGCGUCGAAACAUCUGGGCUUUGUUCCGUUAUGUAAUCAGUGCAAGCUAGUCGACAGGGAAGCGUAAAAGCUGUUUAAAAAGUAGAAAAAAAUUAAGCGGGGGUUACGUUUAUUCAUUUCACAUGUGAAUGUGAAUUACACCUUUAUGCUGUUGUAUAUACACAUAUGUUCAUACAUAUAUACACAUUUCUGUAUGAGGUUAUGCGUGCAAAUGUGUUAUGUAUUAUAUUCCAAUUUGGGGGAAACUGCAUAAAAAUGGGAAUGGAUUGUUAUUUUAUAUCAACGUUUUAAAACAGCAACAAACAUAUUGAUGGUUUUAGUUUAAUUUUUUUAUCUUAAUUUAGAAAUGUAUACGAAGCUCUUAAUUUAAAUAA